GCAGCAUAUGGUCUUGAAAUUUUAAUUUUGUAGAGUUCACCAACAGACAUCCAUCAUGUCUUGGCUUGCUGAUCUCGCUGGAAAGGCAGAGGAUCUACUCAACAGAGUUGAUCAAGGAGCUGCAUCGGCUCUGAGCAAAAAGGAUGUGGGAAGCAGUGCAGUUUAUGACAAUAAGAAUUUGGACUCUGCCAAUGAAUAUUCUGAAUUGUGCCAGCAUACUGGAGAACUGAAAUAUCAGACAUCAUCCAAAGCAUCCUACAUCUCCUCAGCAGCUGAUAAUAUUAAGCAUCAAAAGGCCACAAUUCUAGCAGGAACAGCAAAUGUUAAACCAGCUCGUAGGAUGUCUUCAGAAGUUCCUUCCCCAGCAGAAAGUGUUUCCACACCCAGAGCCUCCUCACAUUUUGUGAGAAGAAAGAAGUCAGAACCUGAUGAUGAGUUGCUAUUUGAUUUUCUCAACAGUUCGGAGAAAGAGCCUAAUGGAAGGAUGGACUCUAAAAAGGAGAAGAGCAAGGCACCUGUUCUGCAAAAUCACUCUCGGACUUCAAGCAUUAGUUCUGUGUCUACCAGUACACAGAGUGCAAAAACUACUGAAGAUAAUUCCAUCAGAAGCCAAGGCAAUGAAACUCCAGACAGUUCAGAUUCUGGACUGGGAGCACAAGGGGAUGGCAUGAAGGACUCAUCACCAAGUGCAGCAGCUAAUCCUAGCCUUGCAGCUAAUGAUGAUUUGAAAUCACAUGAGCUAUCCAAUCUUCGCCUGGAGAAUCAGCUGCUGCGGAAUGAAGUUCAAUCUUUAAAUCAGGAAAUGGCUUCAUUAAUUCAGAGGUCCAAAGAAACACAAGAAGAAUUGAACAAAUCCCGAGAAAGGGUCGAGAAGUGGAAUGUUGACCAUUCAAAAAGUGACAGGAUGGUUAGAGAACUUCAAGCUCGAGUUGAUGAUCUGACAGAAGCUGUUGGUGCCAAGGACUCACAGCUGGCUGUGCUGAAAGUACGGUUGCAAGAAGCUGAUCAGCUCUUAAGUGCUCGAACAGAAGCUUUGGAAGCAUUGCAGAGUGAAAAAUCACGCAUAAUACAAGACCACAGUGAAGGGAGCAGUUUGCAAAAUCAAGCCCUUCAAACUCUUCAAGAGAGGCUGCGUGAUGCAGACUCCACGCUCAAGCGAGAGCAAGAAAGUUACAAACAAAUGCAGAAUGAGUUUGCGGCUCGUCUAAGUAAAAUGGAAGCAGACCGUCAGAACUUGGCAGAAGGGAUAACUGUAGCAGAAAGAAAGUAUUUAGAUGAAAAGAGGCGAGCUGAUGAGCUUCAACAGCAAGUCAAAGUAACUAAAAACCACCUAGAAUCUGCAAAACAGGAGCUGACAGACUAUAAACAGAAAGCUACUCGCAUACUCCAAUCUAAAGAAAAGUUGAUAAACAGCUUAAAAGAAGGCUCAGGUAUUGAAGGCCUGGAUAGCAAUACUGCAAGCACAAUGGAACUGGAAGAACUGCGACAUGAGCGGGACACUCAGAGAGAAGAAAUACAAAAAUUGAUGGGUCAAAUACAGCAGAUGAGAACAGAGCUGCAGGAUAUGGAGACUCAGCAGGUAAGUGAAGCUGAGUCAGUGAGAGAGCAGCUUCAAGAUCUACAAGAGCAAAUAGCAGCACAUAAAAUGGCCAAGCAAGAAACAGAAGCUGAACUAGAACGGCAAAAACAGGAGCUCCAUUAUACUGAAGAAGAAUUGUAUCGAACAAAGAAUACUUUGCAAAGCAGAAUAAAGGACAGAGAGGAAGAAAUUCAGAAGCUCAGAAAUCAG